AUGUACGAAAACAAGGAGGAAAACAAGAGCAUGAAACGAGGGGCGGCUGCUGCAGCACUCGACUCCGUGCUGGGCGCGGUCACUGCUUGUGCGGAGAAGAAGGGGAAGAUAACAGAAUUCUUCGGCGACGAGGCAACGUGCGCCAAGGAGGACGCGGAUAACGCGCUUUGCCUAAUGAUCUCGGCGCUGAAGCUUCCAGAGCGCAUCGUGGAUGAUCCGGUCUUCCGCUACGCGGUCCAGUGCUUUGCGCGCGCGGGACCGGGGUAUGUUCCCCCCAAGAGGGGCUACGUUGGAGGGGCGGGCUUGAAGAAAGUGCGGCAGAAAAUGGAGGCAGCGCUCGCCCCCGUUGCCGCGAGCUGGAAGCGGGACGGUGUCACCGUGUCGUCGGACAUGAUGACCGACCGUUGUGGCCGCCCGCAGGCCAACAUACUCCUUGUCAACGACUCCGGCGCAGUUUUCGAGCAGGCCGUGGACUGCAACACGGAGUCGAAGACGGGGGGGUACAUCGCCAGCCUUCUCCGCCCCGUCAUUGAUAAGGUGGGGCCGGAGAAUGUGGUGGCGGUCUGCACCGAUGGCGGCAGCAACUAUGCAUCGGCAGCGCGGAAGAUUGCGGGCACAUGGCCGCACAUUGAGCAUGUGCCAUGUGCCACGCAUGUCCUGGACCUGUUAAAGGAAGAUGUGGGCAAAAUGGGAUGGGCGAAGGGGCUUGUGGAGAAAGGAGGGGAGAUGAUUACCUUCGUGCGCAACCACCACUUCACCCGUGCCUAUAUGAAGAAAGUGGGGGGGAAGCAGGUGCUCAAGCCGGCGGGAACCAGGUUCGGGACACAAUACAUAGCCAUGGCCCGGCUAUGUGAGGUGAGGAGUGGGCUGGCGGCGAUGGUGCUCAGCGACGAGUGGAAGGUGUGGGCAGCGGGGGACAAGGAUAGGAAGACUGCAGCCGAGAAAUUCAGGGCUGCUGUGAUGGAUGAGGAGUGGUGGGGGGUGGCGGAGUUCUUUUCCUCUCUCAUGGCGGUGCCAUUCAAGGCCAUGCGGGCCACGGACUCUUCCGCGAAAGGCAUGAUGGGUAAGCUGUAUGACAUUAUGCUACAGCUUACCGAGGACAUCAAUGACAAGCUCGACGCUUCAGGCGACUUCUUGACUCGGACAGAGAGGGCAGACAUCACCAAGAUUGUGAAGGACAGGCGCGGCAAGGAUGGUGCCCCUCGCCGCGCCUCCCUUGUGCUGCAGGAGGCAUUGCUGGCCUACAUCAACUUGGAGGGCAGUUUUGGCAAGCCGAGCGCCAUAGCUGCAAGGGAGGCAGUGAAGAAAGGGGAGAUGAGCAUGGUGCAGUGGUGGUCGUGGCACAGCACCGAGUACCCUGAGCUUGCCACCCUCGCAUGCCGGAUUCUCACUCAGCCCGUCUCGGCUUCUUCAUGCGAACGUGGCUGGGCGCAGUGGGAAGGCGUCCACACUGCCCGCCGCAACCGCCUCGGGUCCGCCAAGUGUGCGGACCUGGUUUACAUUGCGCACAACUGGAACGUUGUGCGCAAUUGGUACAACAAGGAUGGGGCCAGCACGGUUGUGCCCGGGAACAUCCCGGAUGCCCCUAUCCCCCGCGGCUACAACAUGGACGAGGAGGAGGAGGAUGACCUGCUGGGGGGGGAAGGAGAUGAUGCAGUGCUUGCGGAUGAGUAUGGGGAAGGGGUGGUGGUGGAAAAGCCCCGCAAGGAAAUAGGCUGUGGGGAAGCUCGCUAG